CAUUUAUUGACAUGCGAUUUUAAAAAUGGCUUAGACCUUGUGCAAGUCAAAAAGUAGAACAAACAGGCAUUAAUGUAAUUGAAAGACUGUAUUCGAACAAUCUGGAAUCUCAAAUGAGCGGUGAGGCAAGUCCUGACAAAAUGGACAUUUCAGAAACAUCUGACACGUCCAGUCACGAAAUAAGCAAUUCUAGUCAAGUUUUGAGAUUCGAAAGCGAACAAGAGAAACUCGAUUUGGAUAAUGCCAAAUUGGAAAACACACAUUCGACCAAGAACGUCUCUUCAACCCAAAACGCUACAAAUUCACAUCCUUUGAUGUAUACAUGCACCUCACCCAUUUCGCCAGAUUUUCCUGAUUUAAUUCCUGAAAAACCGAAAAGCAAACACGCGAAUUAUGAAAAGCACAGUAUCAAGCAAGAAACGGGGGAGGACGAGCUGGAGAACAGUUUUGAGAAGCAGUUGCAUUUCAAUUUACCCCCUUUGAAAGAGUACAAUGAAUUGCCAGAUUUUCCUGAAAGUCCUUCAGCUUUAAAAAAAUCACUAAUGUAUGAUUUGCCUUUAGAAGUUAAUAAUACUGAAUUAAGUGAUACUGAAAAUGAUAAGUCUGUUUAUGAAGCACAUCUUAGUUCUAAUUUGCAAAACGUUUGUCUCACUAUGAAUGAAAAGGAAGGUAACUUGAAUUUUUUGGCUCAUAAAAAGCGCAGCAACAAACUACGCCGAGUCAAAGUAAUGGAAACGGAAGCUAGCGAAGAGAGCGACGUUUCGUCCCUGGACAGUAUUUCCGAGAGUCUAAAAUCGGAGCACGUCUUCACCGGCCAGUUGGAAAUCGGGGCUGAAGAACAAGAAAACGACAAUUCCUCCGAACCCAUCGAGCCUCUGAGCGCCGCCGACGAGAGGAGACACGCCCGCCAUUGGCAGAGGAUGGUGUUACCCGGAGGUGAACAAAGAACGAUCGACAUGCGGGUGAUCGAGCCGUACAAGAGGGUGCUCUCCCAUGGAGGGUACCUCCGGGCCGGGGGACACACUGCGAUCGUCAUUUUUUCCGCUUGUUACCUCCCUGAUCGAUCCAGAGUCGACUAUGUUUACGUCAUGGAUAAUCUCUUUUUGUAUAUACUUUGGACUUUGGAGCGAUUAGUAACCGAUGAUUAUGUUUUGGUGUAUUUACACGGGGGCGCAACGAAGUUGCCGGCAUUCAGUUGGUUGAAAAAGUGCUACCAGAUGGUGGGGCGCAAGUUGCGGAAAAAUUUGAGUCAUUUGUAUUUAGUGCAUCCGACGCUUUGGAUUAAGACGAUGCUGUUUAUGGCAAAACCGUUUAUUAGUUCAAAGUUUUAUCGGAAAAUAAGUUACGUGUCGACGUUAAAGGAGUUGAUGGUGCGUGUUCCUCUAGAAGCGGCUGCAAUUCCUGAUAAAGUCAAAGCUUAUGAUAGUUUACACUGUGUUACGUAGUUUAAUACGCAACCGUCAUGCCUUGCCUGUCUAAACAUUCCUAAAGCUUUACAUUGUACUUAAACCAGGUUUUGGUUUUGAUACAUCGAAUUAUUUAUAUAUUUAUAUCGUUUUUUGAAAUUGUUAAUUUAUUGAUUUUGUUUAUUUUUGUAGAAGUGUUGAAAUGUGGUUUAUGUGAAGUAAUGUAUUUCAUUAGCAAUAUGUCUGUAGGAUGUAAUAAAGAGGGUAUUGUUGGUA